AUGGUACGGACAAGGACGACUUUAUCAACAUUCUACCAUUAUAAUGACCCCUAUAGCUUCACUUCCUUCCAGACUGAGGGUGCAUUAUUUUUUUAUCAGCCCAUAUACGAAGUAAAAGAGUUUAACACGCAGAGGGUCAUAAAGCUUUGCAAGACAUUAUUCUUGGUUUUAUCAUGUACAUCUUUACUACCUACAAGAGCUCCUCUUGCGGAUUCAUCAACAGAUAAUAAUAACAAUUCGGCGGCAUCUAAUGAUAAUAAAGGUGAAGGUACUAACGGCGAAGUAGGAGAAGAAAACCCUCGAAAGCAGCGUAAGGUGGUUAUCUUUAUUGUUCUUCUUGCCGGUGUACUGGCGCUUGGAGGUUUCUUUGCUAUUAGUGAAGGCUUAUCUGGAAGACUGAAAUUAUAG